AUGAUCUCAUUUUCGUUCCGCCAUGUCGUGCGGGUGCUCUCAGCGCGCAGACUUUACACGACCGCAUCAGGCGCAAGUUCAGUCAUAACACCCACACAUUCUAUAUACCUCAGCACGUCGACCAACCCAUAUUUCAAUCUCUCGUUCGAAGACUGGCUCUUCAGACACGCGCCUCAGAAGGAACCGUUACUCCUGCUGUAUAGAGAUGCACCGUGUGUUGUCAUAGGACGCAACCAAAAUCCAUGGAAAGAGGUCAACCUCCGUGCAGCCCGUGCGCAAGGGAUUCCGUGGGUGCGCAGGCGCAGCGGGGGCGGGACAGUGUACCAUGACCUCGGUAACACGAACUUCUCCAUCCACGUCCCACGCACGACUUUUGACCGUGGCGCUACUGCGCAGGUCGUCCUCCGGGCUGUGCGUGCGCUCGGUAUCGAUGCAGACGUGAAUGAGCGGAAUGAUAUCUGUGUGGGAGCGGGACGUGCGUACCACCACGGGACGAUGCUGAUUACUACGAGGCUUGAGACGCUGGGAGAUUUGUUGAGGGUGGGCAAGGACACAAUGAUUACGAAGGGUGUCGCGUCUGUGCGUUCGCCGGUGUGUAACCUCGCUCAAUUCAGUGAAAAAGUGAGCCACGACGCGUUCGUGAAUGCUGUCGUGGACUCGUUCAAAGCCGAAUAUGGCGUUCACGACGAGCCAUGCAUCAUCAACGAUACUGACGACCUCGCGCGAAUAGGAUACAUUCAACGCGGGAUGGCGGAGCUACCUAGCUGGGACUGGGCUUUUGGCCAGACUCCCGAAUUCGAGUACACGAUCAAGAAGUCGUUCGUGUGGGGCGAUGUCGUAAGUCCGUUCCUUUCUACAGCACACAUCCACGCUCGACAUGGGACGAUUCUCUCCUGCACGCUGCAAGGGUUGGACUCUGAGCUUGGAAAGGCUCUCGAGGGCAAGCGGUAUGGGUUUAUUGCAGACGAAGAGCUGGGUGUGGAUGUAAGUGGAAGGGAGGAGGUUGUGUGGGCGUGGCUGAAGGAGGAGAUGAGUUCCUAUGAAUGA